UUGUGCAAACAAACAAAAACACAGUUCAAAAAGAAAAGCAUCAUGGCUGUGGAGAGUAGUGAAGAUAUUUUUAAUAAAUGGUUAACCAAAAAGCUUGAAACUUUUGAAAUUGAAGAUGAAGUAAUGUCUUCCUACAUCAGCAGCAUUAUUACAACUGACGAUGUCGAUACUGACAAAACAGAUAAUCUGAAAGAUAUAUUGCAGGGCUUGGUGCAAGGUAUAGAUAUUGAUGCCCUGUGCAAAGAAAUUUUGGAUGAAUGGUCUGCAUGCAAUGGACAAAAAUCAAAUGCACCAGAAAAUGAACAGAAGUUUGAUCUCAGUCACAAAGUAUCCUUGAUUAUGGAAAAAAGUGUGCAGCCUGUUUUAAAGCCAGCUAACCGCUCUGUGGAGGAAGAAAAAUUAAGAGAAGCUAUCUUGUCUCGAUGCACAUAUGUCUCUUCUGAAGACGAAGAUUAUGAUUCUGAUGAGGGAGGAGCAGCAGCAUCUGGAACUUCUGCCCCUCCUUCUCAGAACCAAAAUGUUGAGGCUGUUGCUCAAGCUGAGCGUGAAAGACGAAUGAAAAUGAAAUCAGAAGCAGAGCAAAAGAAGGUGCAGGACAAAGUCAAUCGGGAGAAGCAGAAACAGAAGCAGGAUGAACGCAGGGAGAAGGAACGUAAACGAACUCAGAAGCAGGAACGUAGGCGGUGACUGACCACUGGCUACAGAAUAUUGAUCUUGUUAUAUUCAGCUGCAUUUAUGUUGAACAUUCUGAGUGAAAAAUUAUUCAAAAUUAAUUUCAAAUUAAUAUUUAUUGGAAACAGCUGAAAUUUGAUUUUUCUGUCAUAGUUAUUAAUUUAUUAUACUGUUUAAAUCAGUCAUUUAAGGGUUGUCAUAAAUUUUGGCCAAAUGUAGAUAUUGUAUAAAAGUUGUAUUUUAACUAGAUAAAAUAACCUCGGAGUAAACAGAAAUUGACAGAUUUUAUCAGAGAUUUCAAUUUCUGACUGUUUUGGUUAUCUGACUGUGAAAAGGAACAAAAUCUUUUAAAACUUAUAUUGUUAAUAAAUAUAAUAAUAUGUUACAUUGUAAAAUGGCAUUGGAUAUUUAUUUUAAAAAAUUUUUUAGUUAAAAGUAUAAUUUAAGAACAUUUUAGCUGAUAGAGUUUCCAUUCUUCAUAUUGUAUUUUAGAAUUCAAUAAAAUAUUUAUUUCAAAAGGUUAUAAUUUUCCUUAAUAAUACAUAUUUUUUUUAAAGAAAAUCUUCUUUGUAGCAGAAUUGGAACAUUGUAAAGUUCUUUUUCUGCUGCUUAAAAUGCUUACAGUGCAUUGUGCUUGGAUAUUGUGGACAAUUUAUUCAAAUGUUAUGUUUGAUAUUCGAUCUAGUUUUAUUUUCUAAUUAUUAUUCUUGUCAUUUUUACUGUGGCAUGCCAGUGAUUUCAAAACUAUGAGCUGAUUUGUUUUGCUUGCCUUAAAGCUUUAUAUUUUUUGGUUAUCUGAAAUUUGAAAUGAGUA